CAACUUAUGGUACCGGUACGCACAAUAUCUUACAGCUGAGGAUAAAAGAUCCACCACCUCAGAAAACCUCAAAGCUCUUGGAUGGUUGCGUGCAGAUCGAGGGGCUACUAUCCGGAUAGCUAUAGUCCGGCAACAGAGGACGAUCGACUGCGAGAAGCACAAGUAUUACUGGCAACAGUAGAUUCUGAGCAGUGAAAAUCGUUAUCUGUUUGUCGCCAUGGGUGUUAUCAAUGCCCUGCAAUCACGCAUUCGGCCACUGCGGCAGAGACGAGAGGCAAACCGCCAGCUUUAUAGGGGUGAUGUCUUUCUGAAAGAUGAAGCUACGAUUCUGGAGUAUGUGCGCCGCCGUCCUAAAUCCUGCUCCCGCAAAUAUAUCUUCAAGGGCGAACGUGGGAAACGGUAUCCGCUUCUUUUCCUCUGUUGCCAAUCCAAUGUUUCAUUGGCUGUUGUCAAGGCUGUCCAUGAAGCGUAUCCAGAGGCCAUGGCAGGAGCCCUGCACUACAGUCUGCGCAAUCGACAAAAAAGCCUAGCAGUGAUUCAAUACCUACUCGAAAGCACGCCAGACAAGUGGUCCGAGGAGGAAAGUGGAUAUCUUCCUCUUCAUACUGCCUUGCAAAACAUGGCUGCAUUGGACAUUGUGCAGUACUUGAUGAAGCAACACCCUAAAGCUGUCCAGAUGCGGGAAACUAGUGCUAGGAGCCAUAAGUUACCUCUCCACUUGGCUAUCCAAAACUUUGCAACCCUGAACGUCAUCAAGCUUUUGGUUUCAGCAUAUCCAAAGGCACUCAAAGAGGCAGAUUAUGAGACCACGGAAGUAGUAGAGGAAGAGGGGUGGUUGGUACAUAAAGCGACAUUUAUGUUUGACGAUGGUGUUGGCCUUCCGCUGCAUGCUGCUUGCAAAGCCAAGAGACCACUCCAGACAAUCCACUAUCUUGUCAACCAUUACCCCAAUUCCGUGAGCACCAAGAAUAGGGCCGGCUGGCUUCCACUUCACUUUGCAUGUGCUUAUGGAGCUCCACCCGUCAUGAUUGAAUACUUGAUUACGGCCUGUCCAGAGUCUCUGUUUGAACGAACGAACUACCUAUUUACAGAGUACCCCACACAUCUUGCAGCUGGGAGACCUGAUGCUGACCUGGAAACCAUCAAACUGCUCAUCGGAAAACAUCCCGUGGUUCCAAAUGUCACACCAGACUCAAGUAUAUACUCCUCGUACAUGGACGAAUCCUAUCUCCACGAAGCACAUCCAAUGGUGAUCCGGUUCUUGAGAAGGGUAGUGGAAGCAUCAGAAUCUGGUUACGCCUACUUGCCGACGCAAGAAGAACGAUUUUGGGCCACAACUGCGAGGGGGGGUGCAAACGAACACAAAGACGACCAGGAGGAGCAAGAGAAAGGCACCGAAACACACUCAACCGAAGACCUUCUUUUGUUGGGUCAAAUCAAGUGAUUCGCGGCACAGAGCUGGUUGGGAACAGAUUGGGGUAUCUGUGUGGUUUCUCUGUUCUCAGUGGUCAAACGGAUUCCUCUGAUCAUAAUCGCCACCAUGCUUUCUUGUACGUCCAGGAAAGAUGACAACUUACUUAGACCAGGAGGGAUGUCAACAUCGACCUGUUGGUUAAGUUUUGUUUCAUUCGAGUACAGUCGUACUGGUAUACAACGCAUCCCUUUUUCUACCGAAUUCAUUCAACUUGAAGCAUUCAAGGUGCUCAUCAGAAGAUAUUCAACUCAACAUCAACCUGUGGUGUGAUUUUUUGUGUGUCCUUGUCUAUAGCUUGUACUAGUAGCAUAAAAGGUAGCUCACAACUUUUUUCU